GGUUUAAUUACAGCACAGAGAGAGCGAGGUGAGAAUCUUCCGUUUUUAAUCGGCUUCCCUGAAUUUUCAAGUCUGUUAAAUUCCCGACUUCUCCGGUGCCCCGUGUUGCCAAAUGUGUGUUGACCUUCCAAAAGCUUCGUCCUUGGCUCUUACCUCAUGCUGUAUCCUCACACCUCUUUCUCUCUCUCUCUCUCUCUGAGUCCUCUCUUUUCGCUGUCACUAUCAGUCCAUUCUCUCUCUCUCUUUCCAUCCCCACUCAGUAUUGUCUGACGUCAGUCUGAUCAGAGAGAGAGAGAGGGAGAAAGAGAUCAGAAGAAAGAAAAUACCCCAGGAGCCAGGAAAACAGGUGCCACCCUUUGCUUUGUCCUCAGCAACACCCUUUACCCACCUGGCUGACUGUGUUCCAAAUCGCCUUUCACUGACCCACCUCAUCUCUUGCCCUUUCCCUGGUACAGAAUGACCAAUCAAUCCUCCCCCUCCCUUGAACCUUUCAUCAUCUUUUCGACGAGGCGGAGCUAGGUUCCGCGGAGAUUUUUGCAGAUUGACGGAUUUGACCCUCUGCCUCGGAUGCAAAGAUCUGCGAUUCUCAUCUUUCAGAAAUGAGGUUUUCUCUGCAGCUUCAGAGUAUAGAAUGAGAUACUGAUAAACUAAGUCACCAACUCCAGCCCAUACCUUUAACACAGAAUAUCACAGAGACGGUAAGGGGAACAAUGGUGAGCAGGUUACCCGGCUGUAGCUCACUGGCUCGAUUCUGCCAGAAACUGAACAGGGUCAAAACCCUCGAGGCAGAUAUGAUGGAGACUGCCCUGAAUAGGUGCCUGUCCACUCUGGACCUGACGUUGCUUGGCUUUGGGGGUAUGGUUGGCUCCGGCCUUUACGUCCUGACGGGUGCGGUUGCCAAAGACGUGGCGGGCCCCGCCAUUAUCCUCUCCUACAUCUUUGCAGGUUUCGCAUCUCUGCUGGCUGCUUUGUGCUACGCCGAGUUUGGCUCCCGUGUGCCAAAGACGGGCUCCGCCUACAUGUUCACCUACGUCUCAGUGGGCGAGAUCUGGGCCUUCCUGAUUGGCUGGAACGUCAUUCUGGAGUACGUGAUUGGCGGGGCAGCAGUGGCCAGGGCUUGGAGUGGCUACCUGGACUCCAUCUUCAAUCACAAGAUUCAGAAUUUCACCGAAACGCACAUUGGCAAGUGGAAUGUGCCCCUCCUUGCCCCCAACCCCGAUCUGCUCGCGGCCGCCAUAUUGCUCGUUGCUACAGCAUUCAUCACUUGCGGGGCCAAAGUGGCCUCUUGGAUGAACCACCUGUUUGCGGUGGUGAGCAUGGGAGUGAUCCUCUUCAUUCUGAUAUUCGGCUUCAUCCUGGCCGACCCGAGGAACUUCAGUGCUGCGGAGGGUGGCUUCUCUCCCUUCGGAUUCUCGGGCAUCAUGGCUGGAUCAGCGACCUGCUUCUACGCGUUUGUCGGAUUCGAUGUCAUCGCCGCAUCCAGCGAAGAAGCUCGGAACCCUCAAAAGGCCGUCCCUAUCGCGACGGCUCUUUCCUUGGGUCUGGCCACUUUGGCGUACACUUUGGUCUCUGCAGCCCUCACCCUGAUGGUACCUUGGCACAGCCUGAACCCAGACUCAGCUCUCUCAGAUGCCUUCUACAGGAGAGGCUAUGCCUGGGCUGGAUUCAUCGUGGCUGUCGGAUCUAUUUGUGCAAUGAACACAGUCCUCCUCUGCAACCUGUUUUCUGUCCCGCGGAUUGCGUACGCCAUGUCUGAGGAUGGCCUACUCUUCAAGGUAUUUGCGCGAGUGAACCCAGUCACUAAGGUUCCAGUGAUCGGCAUUGUCCUGUUUGGAAUCCUGAUGGCCAUCCUGGCCAUGGUGUUUGACCUGGAAUCCCUGGUGCAGUUCCUGUCUAUCGGAACGCUCCUGGCUUACACAUUUGUUGCUGCCAGUACCAUCGUGCUACGCUACCAGACAGACAAAAUAAAGCGCUCGGAGACACCCCCGCCCAAUCCAAGUCCUCAAACCCAGGAUGGCAGUGGGCUGAAGGAGUAUGAAUCAUUUUCGGAUAAGCUCCAGUUAGUGGAGAAGCAAAAAGCAGCCAAGGAACGAAGGGAGCCUGGCCAACUGAAGUCCUCCUUUGAGCCUUAUUUACAUUUCCUUAGUGACUUUGUACCUGGGGAGAUAGUGACUGUCGCAGUUACCUCCAUGGUGCUCUGUUCAAUAUGCCUGUGCUGCAUACUGGUUUUUGGUGUCAGUCAUCUCCAGCUCCCUCAGUGGGCUUACAUUCUAUUCAUCGUGUUCUUUGCAAUUGGGUUCCUCCUCAGCUUAUUCCUCAUCUGGAUUCAUGAACAGCAUCAAAAGCUGAAUACCUUUCAGGUUCCAUUGGUGCCCUUGAUUCCUGGAAUCAGUAUCUUACUGAAUGUAUACCUGAUGUUAAAGCUCAGUUUAUUGACUUGGGUGCGAUUCUCUGUUUGGAUAGUUAUAGGUUUUCUCAUCUAUUUUGGUUAUGGGAUCUGGCACAGUAAGGAGAAUCUGAAGGAGCCAAAACCACGGAAUGUUGUUGCCCGGUAUGUUGUCCUUCCUAGCGGCAGCUUGGUGGAAACAGUCCAAACCGUGCAGCCAGACACCCAGCACACCACGGGCAUGGCGGAAGUGACCGGAGAAGGAGCGAGUAGAUAGUAGCAGACUUGGCCAGUUGUCCUUCGCUAGAGGAACCCUCCCACUCUUCUAAGCUUUGGUGUUAUUCCAGGUAAAGUUGGACAGAGCUGCACCACAGUAUUUUCACCAGGUUGCAGGAGGUCACGUGCGGCACCUUUCUUGUUUCACCCAUGAGCUUUUCCAACCUUUGCUGACCUUAGCUUCUUUACCUAAUGAAAGUGGAGUGUGGCAUGAACCCUUCUGAAGUAGAUGAGAUAAAACACCUCCAGUGAGGAAUGUCAUUAUACAUGCCUACAGAAGGGGUCAUUGUAGAAUCUAAAUCCUGUAUCCGCUAUACAUUUUUUUGGUCUUAUUUUAUUCAGUUGUGCAAAUGUUUCUUUUCUUCAUCUGAUUAUCUGGUUGAGUAAGGGAAAGAGGGAAAAAGUAAAAGGAAAACACUUUCUAACAACGUCCCUGUCCCCAUAGCUGUAUAUUGAAGGGUGACACAUGCAUAUUACUCUCUGUAAGAAAUAUUCAGAAAAGUUUCAGUUUGCUGGGGAGUGUAUACUGUACUAAAAUUAUCAAACACCUGUCACAUGAACCUGUGUAAGUUCAGAGAUUUCAAGUGCUUUAUUUAAUGAUGUGGUCCAGGAAACAUUCCUGUCUUGAUUGCUCUUCACUAUGAUCCAAUGGGCAAACUCAGCUCAUUAAUGACCUAUACACAAUUACAAUGUUGAUAUUAUGUGGAAUUAUUUUCAUUGCACUGUUCCCUCAUUAUAUUUUCCCAGCUCCUCCUCCUCCCACAAUCAGGUAAUGUACUGGUUGUUGCUGUUUUAAUCUGAUCUACUUCCUCACCCCUCCCCACCUCCACCCUUUCUCUUGCUUUUUCACUUUCCCCUCUCCUUUUGCACUCCAUCUCUCUUCCUAAC